CAGGGCCCCAGGGAGCGCGGGGCGCCGCUGCCGCCGCUGCGCUGCUCGGUUCCGUGUCCAGGGCAGCGCCGGGGCUGCUGGCCGCGGCGGCUGAGGCGCGGGAGCCGGGACCGCGCUCUGCCGGGAGUUGGGCAGGGGCGCGCCGGGCGCCUCCGCGGCGUCAUGGACCCUCUCCCCGGGCCUCAGCGGGCACCAGCCGCGGGAACCCCCGGGCCUCCGGGCGGCCGAGCCUGAGCGACCCCCGGUUCUCCGGCGCCCCCUCCCUCCGCCCUAUUUUUUUCCCCCUGCUCUGGCUGUUGCUGCUGCUUGUACGCUCCGUUAUGGCAACGGAACCGGCAUCCCCCCUUCGGCUCGAGGCACCCGGCCCCCCAGAAGUGCGGACCCCACCGGCUAGCGAGGCCGCCCCCGAAGGCACCCCGCAGCCGCCGGCGGGCGGGAGGCUCCGCUUCCUCAACGGCUGCGUGCCCCUCUCGCAUCAGGUGGCCGGGCACAUGUACGGGAAGGACAAAGUGGGUAUACUACAGCAUCCAGAUGGCACAGUUUUGAAACAGUUACAGCCUCCUCCCAGGGGCCCAAGAGAGCUGGAAUUCUAUAAUAUGGUGUAUGCUGCUGAUUGUGAUGACAGUGUUCUUCUAGAGCUACGAAAAUAUUUGCCGAAAUAUUAUGGCAUUUGGUCACCUCCCACUGCACCAAACGAUUUAUAUCUGAAACUGGAAGAUGUGACCCACAAAUUUAAUAAGCCUUGUAUAAUGGAUGUAAAGAUUGGACGAAAAAGCUAUGAUCCUUUUGCAUCGUCUGAGAAGAUUCAGCAGCAGGUCAGCAAGUAUCCGCUAAUGGAGGAGAUUGGGUUCCUGGUGCUUGGCAUGAGGGUUUAUCAUGUUCAGUCUGAUAGCUAUGAGACACAGAACCAGCACUAUGGAAGAAGCUUAACAAAAGAAACUAUUAAGGAUGGAGUCUCCAAGUUUUUUCAUAAUGGAUUAUGCUUAAGAAAAGAUGCUGUUGCUGCCAGUAUUCAGAAGAUUGAGAAAAUUCUUCAUUGGUUUGAAAGCCAGAAGCAGCUUAACUUUUAUGCAAGUUCAUUACUGUUUGUUUAUGAAGGUUCAUCUCAGAUAGCCACUACAAAGUCUAAUGACAGAACUUUGGCAGAAAAGUUUUUGUCCAAAGGACCACUGUCAGAUACGGAAGUACUGGAGUUCAACAAUAACUUCCAUCUGUCAAAUUCCCCAGUAAAUGGAAAAAUAGAGUCCUCAGUAGGCAAAAGCUUAUCCAAGAUGUACGCUCGGCACAGAAAAAUGUAUUCAAAAAAGCAUCACAGUCAGACUUCACUGAAAGUUGAAAGUAGAGAGCAAGACAAUGGGUGGAAGAGCUUGUCACAGGAGCAUUUAAAUGGAAAUGUACUUUCCCAACUGGAAAAAGUUUUCUACCAUCUUCCUGCUGGUUGUCAAGAGAUUUCAGAAGUAGAAGUGCGAAUGAUAGAUUUUGCUCAUGUGUUUCCUAGCAACACCUUAGAUGAGGGAUAUGUUUAUGGGCUCAAGCAUCUAAUCAGUGUACUUCAGAGUGUGUUAGAUAAUUGACUCCUUUGCUUCAGUCUUUUUAAGGGGUGGGUCGAUCACAAGAGCAGUAAUCACUCUCUGCCCCUCUAAUGCUGUGUAAAGAGUUUGUAUUGUGCAUUGACGUUCUAUUUGUCUUUAUACUUUAGUAGAAAGGUUAACUUUUUUACAAUCUUACUCAGGAAAACUAAUUUGUUUGUUAGAAAACUAUGAAGAAAAAGAAACUUAGGAUUGUUAAGCAGGGAAUGUGGUGGUACAUGGCAUAAACACCUAUUUGGCUCAAGCAAAAUGGAAAUCAUUCUUAAGUCAUUAAGAGCUUUGUUCACAUUCUGUAGCCAAUUUAUCAUGAAGUCUCUGUCCACCCACCUUUGACAAUGAGCCAUAUCUAAACUACUCUGUUAUUACAACACCUUUGAAAAUCUAGAAAGCACAGGUUGAUACCCUUAGGACUGCUGUGUAUGGAGUGACUAAAACUGGAGAAAUUUCUGCUUGAGGACAUUUAUUGUUUCAGUUUUACAUUAAAAGUCAGACCAGCAUAUCAAAAGGUGCUUCUUUGUGCAAUUACUUAAAAUUGUUGCAUUCCAAAAGCAGAUUUUUCCUUUCAUUUCCAUUUGUAGAUGUCUUUUAAAAUAUUAUAAUUUAAAGAAGAUAAUUGAAAUGCACAACAACAACAAAAAUCUUGAAAUUGAGAGUGCUAAAUACUCUUACUGGAGUUAGCAGGAGAGAGGUUGUUUGCAAGAAGCGAAACAUUUUCUUAAUAAAUGUUUCAUUUAUGGGAAAAUGAGAAUAUACAUUUGUUACAUUAUGAAAUGUAUGGUAUGGCAGUGAGAAAAAAGUACAGUAAGCAGUGUGAUACUUUUCUGUAUUUGCAGUGCCAAAAAGGUGAAUGAUUAAAAUUUUGCUUUAUUUCUCCUUUAAACAACAUUUGGAGACUUUUCUCUUAAACUUCAUACAUGACCACAUUUAACUUGCUCGUGGUAAGAAUUUAUGUUGCCACAAGUAGUGUUUCCUAGAUUUUCUGUUAAGUGAUGAAAGGCAACAUCCAGUCUUAAGUUGUUAGAGAAAUAUCAUGUAUAAAUUAGUGGAUCAUAUAAAGUUUGGUGCAUAUUGCAAUCCAUAUUUUUGUUUCUCAAAACAAUUUUAUGUCGCAUUCAACGAAAUAACUAAUUCGCUGGAGGUCAAGGGCAAAACUGCUUUACCUGGAAAUAGAGAGGCAGAUAUUUAGCUUUGCUUCACACCCACUGCCUCCCAAAAAGUCCCUAGUUGUUUGCCACCAAAGCAUCUACAUUUUCAACCUGCAGGUAUAUUUGAUGUCAGUUCUAUCGUUCGUUCCUUUGAUUUCCUGCCAACUCAUCUAAACAGUUAAAAGUUUUGCUUAUACAUUCUUGGAAUAUGUCCUGAGCUUGUACGUUAUUACUUUCUCCCAUUUCCCCCCUAACUUUACAAAUUUACCUUUAAGUCUAAGCACCUUUUUUGUAUGUUAAGUGAUGGAGAAAAGUAUCAAAAUUUUACAUUUCUUACCUUCCCAAGUCUAUCUUGAGGGUGCUUUUAGAAUAUAUGAGCCCAAAUAGAAGUACCAAGUGCUCUGCAAAUUUUAUGCUAAUAAGUCUAUUAAACCAAGAUUAUUUGAAAAUUUGUAUACAUUUUGUUACAGUAAAAUUUGAUUUCUUUUAUUUUUUUUAUUAGAAUCAAUGUAAAUAUUUUUCAUGUGGACUUCAUACCUUUUUCUCUACUGCCCAAAUGAGUACUGAUUAUAGAUUUUUGUGGGAUUGAAUUUCAAGUUUUUUAGUUCUAUUUUUUCCAUUACAAUAUGGACUUUUGUUGUUGUUGUUAUUUGGAUAGUUGUUCAGGAAACCUUAAGCAUAAAUAAUAAACACUAUUCUCAAUCUUAACGUGACAAGAGGCUUUUUUGUAUGGAAUUGGUGUCAGCCUAUGUACAAUGAAUUUAAUAAACUUAAGUAUUAUCAAUAUUUUUGCACAUUUUAGCUCCAGAUUUUCAUUUAUCUGUAUUUGGAAAUGUGGUUUUUAUUAAAUCUGUGUGUUAACUUUUUUUAUACAAUAGAUCAUGUUUUUUUUUUAAAGGAACAUUUUUAUCUUGUUUUUCAGGGAAGAGAUUAACAUCUAAUUCUGUUUGUUUACAUUUUUUAUCACUGUUAUCCAAUGCUGAUUUUAUGUUAAGUAAGCUUACAUGUAACAGUAAGUAUCAGUUUAUGUAACCUAUAUGUGACUAUUUUACUGUUCUUGUCAUUUGAUUAUGCUGAGAUUUACCACUGUGGGGAUAAAUGAUCACUAUUCACCAUGUGUAUUUUGAAUGUGUAAACAUUUAGGAAGUGAAGUAAGAGUAACAUUUGGGGUAAUGGGAUUGUUAAGCUUUUUCACCCUAGGAAACAUAAAUAGUGAUUUUAGUGUAUUUCUUUGAAUGCAUUCAUAAAAAGGACUUUUAAAGAAAUUGUGUCUGUGAAUAAAACAUUUCUCUAAUUAAAAUUUAAAUUGUACAAUAGUUUUAUAAUAAAAUAUUUACAUUAAUCGAUAUUUUAAUAUUGAUGGAAGUUGCAUAGAUCAAACUAAAAUCAAUGAUAAAUCCUAAUAUUUUAUCUAAAUAGUUUUUCAAGAAACAGUUAUGAAAAUGUAUAUUAAAUGACUGUAUCAUGGAGAUUGUGGUGUUUAAACUCUGUAUUCCUGAAUCUUUGAUGUAUCUGGAAUUAUACUUCGAAUGCCUCUUUACACUACAGGUUUGCUAUCGAGGGGUCCUAGACUGUGUUCCGUUGAAUAAGGAGUUUGGAUAUAAUUUUAAUACUUUGUGAUUUCCCAGGUGUUUUUGUUUAUAUCAGAUCUAAAGUCUAACUAUCAAUUAUAUAAUGUUGCUUAAGAAAACAGUUCUCAGAGAUAUUUCAUUUGCAAGGUUUUUUUACUUUAUGCAGAUGAAAACUUUUUUUUAAGAUUCGACGUAUUGGAAAAGACAUGGGCUGAAAGAAAAUGUUUGUGAAAUUAAAGAAUUAUGUCCCCUAUUUUAGUAGUUCCCUGUUAUCAGUUUGGCUUUUUAUACUUUGAAACUUACUUUGCUUUAAAAAAUUGUUUACAGUGCUAUGUGAUUAUCUUCUUACCCAGUGCCUUUAACCUUGAUUUGAUAACAUUUGUCACCUUGGUUAUCCUUUCUGUUACAACAAGCUGUGUUUUCAUAACCUUAAAGUCAUCUAAAGAGUUUUUUUGGUUUUAAUUGUUGAUGUUGUCAUCGAAAGAUGUAACAAUUACCUGUUUAGACUUUGAAGAGACAGGAUUGCCUUCAGAGGUCAGCAUUCUUCAUUAGUUCAUUCAAAAAUAUUUAUUGGCUAUAAACAUAGUGUGAAGCAUUAUUUGGCCCGCCACAGUACCUCUUCCAGCAUUGUUUCUGAAUAGAGUGGGACGGAGACCUAGAGAUGUGAAGAAAUAGCCAUUGAAGGAGAAUUAGCACUUUAGCUUGUGCAGAAGUAAAGGAUAAGGCUCAAGUUGAGAUGAAGCAACAAUGUAUUAGAGAGGUGAGAAAGUAUGUUGUACAGCAUUGUGACUUCUUUCUGGCUUUUGAAUCUGGGCGGUAGUUAAAUAUCAUAUAACGAAAGCCUUAAGUUUUUACUUCACUUGCUGGUAAAGGUACGUUUAAUUAGACUGUCUGUUUAGAGUAGUGUUGAGCGUAAUGUUACUGUGAAAAACAUUCCAUUAUAUAGUCACAGACAAAUGAACUGCAGUUUUUAUUUUUUGUAUGUAACAAUUCAGUACAAAUACAUUAGAUUUCAAACUUGUGUUUAUCACUGGUAGUUCAAAUUUGGCAGUGAAACUACUUUCCGACUAAAAAUUGCAUUUUUACUUAAAUUUAUUAUUAAUGUUUUAGGGAGGCUGUAACCAUAGCCUUUCUCUUUUUCCAGGUUCAUAUUUAAGUUCCUACUGGUUCUUUUGAUAACUUCUGCAAUUAAACAAAUUGGAAUGUACUUUGAGAAAGAUUGCUUUUACUUUUAUCUUUUUGUUAUUAUUAGAGUUAAAUUUGGCCUUGCGUUCACUUGCAAUAUAUAAACAAUUAUGAAAUGAAAUAGUCUUAAGUAUGAUAUACACUUGCAUAUAGAUGAAAAUGGUGUGCACAGAGACACUUUACUAUGGGAACUGUACUGGAAAUUUAUGAAAGCAUGUGAAAUUGCACCUAAAAUUGUGUUCUUAGUGACCAUUAGCAGCAAUGCUGAAUUAAUUUUACUUGAUGAAUGAAUGUAUUUUUAGUCUAGUCACAGUUUGGUUUAAAUGUCUUCAUGUCUUUUUUUCCUUAAUGUAUUUGUAAAUUGUACUAUUGAUGUGGGGUGUUCUUGGACUGCAGGGGUUAUUGUCAAUGUGAUUUGUGUUUUUACUUUAUAAAAUCAUUUAAUGUGAUAUACCAGUUUUUAUAAGUGAUAUUUAGAUAAUCCUAAUAACUGUAUAUUUGACAUCUUAUUAAAAUGUUUUGCAUUGGAA